CAGUCACGCACACCUGCUCGCCGUGCGCAGUCCCCCUCGUUGGCGCCCUGCAGGGGUCCAGCAAUGUACACGGAUGCCUCCUCUCAUGCUGACCAGCGUUUGCGCUUUGGAAGUCUUCUAAGUGCGCCUCUUCUUCUUCUUCUUCCACCUCCUGCUCCGAGUCCUCCCACGUCAAGUGGAGUAUAGUGGCGCGGCUCUCCGCAACAGCCUCUCUAAACACCUCCACGGAAGACGGAUCUCGUACACAGCUUCACCCAUGGAACUCUAACUAUGGAAUACCACUGGAUACUGCUGCUGUCUGUCGUGCUGCAAUCCACCUUUCCCACAGGCCACGCUAAGCCCACCAUCACCCCGGCCGGGCCUCACCUUGUAGUCCCGCUCAACGCGCCCUUUGACCUGCGCUGCCAGGGGGAUAAGGAGAUGCAGUGGCAACGAGAGGAGCGCCCCAAGGUGCGGGGAGAGCAUAGGACGGAGGGCGUGUCGGCGCUGCGCAUCGCCCGGGCCCAGCCCCUCCACAUGGGCCGCUACGUCUGCUUGGAGAGGACGAGCGGGCAGCAGACGUCCAUCUACGUCUAUGUAAACGACCCUGACAACCCUUUCAGGAAAUCGAUGGUGUUCAACAUCCUCACUCGCGUGGGUGAUGCUGCAUCCAUCCCCUGCCUGGCAACCGAUCCCAGUCUGGCCAACCUGCGCCUGGAAACCUGUUCCAGCUUGCCUCUGGCCAGCGGUCUCAGGGUGUCUGCCAGCCUGGAGCAAGGCAUGGUAAUCCACGACACCCAGAAGGCCUACGAAGGCUGCUACGUGUGCGCCGGGACGCUGCGGGGGCGAGGCGUCCGCUCGCACAACUACCAUCUGACAGUCAAGCCAGUGCCUGUGGCGCCGCCUGUUAUUGAGAUGCAAGCGCCCGAGCUUGUCAUCCUCACGCUGCACGAGAGUCUGGUCCUCACUUGCAAUACCACUAAUGUCAACGGCGAGAUCAAGCUGAAGUGGGUCACGCCACUUGGCUCGGGUGCCGUCUGGUAUCCACAGCAACCAGCAAAGGUUGACACUGCCUCGCGUAUCCUGGCCGAGCACUUCCAUCACAUACGCGGCGCCACCCUGCACAUCGCCGCCGUCACGCACCGGGACGCCGGCCGCUACCGAUGCGAGGCCGAGAACGAGAAGGGUGUCAGCACACGGUCGGUGUGGCUGGACGUCUACGAUAAAGGAUUCAUCAACUUAACAUCGACAAGCAACACAAGCAUUCACGUGCGCUCCGGUGACAGCUUUUCCCUCACGGUGGACGUGGAGGCUUAUCCCAGACCCCACACCUUCUCCUGGAGCUUAAUGGGCCACCAGCUGAAGAACACCAGCGACCACGUCAUCACCACAUACAACCACGAAUACAGGCACAGCAGUGAGCUGAGGCUGGUGCGUCUAAAGACGUCGGAAGGUGGCGUUUAUACGUUUAAAGCUUCCAACCGUGACGCCUCGCUGAAUGAGACAUUUACCGUCUUUGUCACCACUAAACCUGAGAUUGUAUCUCACGAGGGCCCGGUGGACGGGCAGGUACGCUGUGUGGCUGAGGGUUUCCCCGCCCCACAGAUCACAUGGUUCUACUGCGAGCAGCCUUACGUCAGGUGCUCCCAGCAGGUGAAUGCCACCCAGGAGGAGCAGAACAUCAUUACCAUCACACUGUUCAGUCCUGCGUUUGGCAAGACGGAGGUGGAGAGUCGGGUGAAUGUCAGCCGGGGACGGUUCAAUACUUUGGAGUGUGUGGCUACAGUAGAGGGAGAGCAGGCCUACACGCUCUUCUCCAUCAGCGAGAGAACCAUCCCCCACGGUUUGUUCACCCCACUGCUAAUCGGCUCGGUAUCAGCAGCAUCCGUCCUCUGUCUGAUCCUAAUCAUGCUCUUCUACAAGUACCUGCAGAAACCAAAAUACCAGGUACAGUGGAAAGUGAUUGAAGGAAUUCACGGGAACAACUACGUCUACAUUGACCCCACCCAGCUACCGUACGAUCACCAGUGGGAGUUUCCCAGAAACAACCUGCGUUUUGGGAAGACGCUGGGCUCUGGCGCCUUUGGGAAAGUGGUGGAGGCGACGGCGUACGGACUCUCCAAAGCGGACUCGGUCACCACGGUGGCGGUCAAGAUGCUCAAAUCGAGCGCUCACGCCACAGAGAAGGAAGCCCUGAUGUCGGAGUUAAAGGUCCUGAGCUACUUGGGCAACCACGUGAACAUCGUCAACCUGCUGGGAGCUUGCACCGUGGGAGGCCCCACGCUGGUGAUUACAGAGUACUGCUGCUUUGGUGACCUGCUUAACUUUCUGCGCAGGAAGAGGGAAUCUUUCAUCCUCGCCAAGAUGGAGGAAGAUUGCUACUAUCGGAACAUUCUAUCACAGAGGGAGACGGCGGGCGACAGCUUGAACGGCUACAUGAGUAUGAGGGCUUCUGCCGCUGGCGAGCCGCCGCCGUCAUCAUCAUCAUCAUCAUUCGGCGAGAAGAGACGCUCAUUCCUCAAAGUUGGUUCCCAUCCUGAAGAAGACGGCGAGGAAGAAAUGUUUGACGACGACGGUCUGUCUCUAGACACCGAAGACCUUCUCAGCUUCUCCUACCAGGUGGCCAAAGGGAUGGAAUUCUUAGCCUCCAAGAAUUGUAUCCACCGAGACCUGGCGGCCAGGAACAUACUGCUGACUCAAGGACGGGUUGCAAAGAUCUGUGAUUUCGGCUUGGCACGCGACAUCACUACAGACUACAACUACGUGGUCAAAGGCAACGCUCGCCUGCCAGUCAAAUGGAUGUCUCCGGAAAGCAUCUUUGAGUGCGUGUACACGUUCGAGAGUGACGUGUGGUCGUACGGCAUCCUGCUGUGGGAGAUCUUCUCGCUAGGCAACAGUCCUUAUCCUGGAAUGCCGGUGGACGCCAAGUUUUACAAGAUGAUUAAAGAAGGAUACAGGCUUGACUCUCCGGAGUUUGCACCCAGUGAAAUGUAUCAGAUCAUGCACUCCUGCUGGGAAGCCGAGCCCAUCAAGAGACCCUCCUUCAGGAAGGUCGUGGAGAAGAUCGAACAGCAGCUCUCUGACACCACCAAGCAUAUCUAUCUGAACUUCAACUCCAGGCUCAAGGCGUCACCCAGAACUGCCAAACGAGCUGAGGAGGAGGAGGAGGAGGACCCGAGCAUUCCCAGCGCCAGCACCAGCGCUCCCACACAGCCCUUACUGGCCCAGCAUGAGGUCUUCCUGGAGGGGACGGUCCUCGGUGCGCAGCGGGUGUGAGGCUCCCGCCCUGGCCCCCUUUUUUAAGAAGUGCCUCUUAAUGUUUUGCUACCAUGACAAAAAACACUGCCACCCUUACAAAAACAAUGGCCGCACACAAACUGAGCCCCCCAUCACUGUGGCAACCGUCACUCCUGGAAGAAGAACAUUUGAUUACUAUGAUUUUUUUUUUUUUUUUUUUUUUUGGUCCGUGGCUUCAAGGGAGGACAGUUGAAAUGAUGCCCCCAAUAUGAAUAGCUUUAAGUCACAUUUAACAUUUCUAUCAAUUGAAGUUUUAUUACCUUUUUUUUUUGGUUUUUUGGUUAUUUUGAAAGGAAAAGGAAAAGAAAAAAAAAUGCACUGGAGGCACUUCAUAUCAUUCCAUACAUCCCAUAGUGCAGCUUUGGUAUUUUUGUUUUUUUUAUCCGUCAGUAUUAUUCUCAAACUUGUUUAAAAUGAAGGUGACAUUUAUUCACGGUCCGAUAUUAAACCGGAGCUAGUGGGACACUCGUUCAUAAUAAGCUAUCAGCUUCUGAGGACCACCAUGACGGUUCGCCUGUAGCGACAUGGUACGCUCGCUCUUCACGGUCGGGCUUAUGGACUACAGUAUUUGUCGCCGGGAUGUAAAAAAAAAAAAAAAAAAAAAAAAAAAAUACUGGUUUCCAUACCCUCUGCGAUCAUUGUUUACAUGCUGUGGUACUGCCAUUUCUGAGACGUGUUUGUUGUUGUUAUGUUGGACACAAAAUGGCCGUCUGGGACCACCAUCGCCGUCACUGUUGGGCUGCGGGUCAUUAAGUGCUCAUCUCACUCCAGAGGUCCCCUACUUCCUUUCUUUGUUGUAAAGAGCAUCGGGAAAAGUGUCCUGUUUGUUAGCGUAAAUGAACAUUGUGUGGCUGUGUGCGUGCGAGAGACAAAACUCAUCGUCUUUGUGUGCUUCUCUGAAUGCUAAAAAUCAUUGGACUAUCAUUGCUAUUAUUUUAAGAGGUGCCACUACUAUUCGGUGUCGUUUUUGGCCGUUCGCUUACAUGGCAACAAUGUUUUGGUGACAAAAAAAUUGUUACUUUUUUAACAAAAAAAAUGGAAACAUACGAGGUAAAGUGGCGUUUUUUUCACUUAAGUGUAGCCUAGCUUGUUUUCCUGGAGUAAAUCACAAAACCCAAAACCAGGGAAAUUGGCA